CAAUUUUUCGAUCUAAAUUUGCCAAGUCAGUUUUUUAUUGGAAAAUUGCCAGGUGGCUCGUUGUGCUGUUUCCCUUGAUUUAAGGAUCGAAGGACCUUGUUUUCUUGCCACGGCAACCGUAGAUUCAGAAACCUCCCGAUUUUCGCAGAACCUUACUCGCGGAUGGUGUAGAAUCUGGAACUGAGGAACGUUUCAUCCGCUGAGCGCAGCCAUGUAUAAUCCCUUCACGGCAAACGCGGCUCCCGUGGCGUACAACAUGGACCCCCAGCAGGCCUAUGCGGGGGCCUAUUCUGGCUAUCCAGUGCAGGCCAACUACGGGACCGUGCAGUAUCCACCCGCGACCACGCAGUAUAGCAAUUAUUCGCAGCAGCAGCAGAAUAGCCAGAUGUAUUCCGGUCUGGAUGCCGCGGUGUACUCGGCGGCGACGGCCAUGUUGGCAGAGCGCGGUCUGCAGCCGCCCAGCAAGCCGUACGCGUCGACCUACUCGCAGAAUCUGCAAUCGGGCGGAUCGGAUGCCAAUUCCAGUUGGAAGAGCCGUGUGGAACAGAUGAAUCCCACGGUGUCCACCACUAGCAGUGCGCCCCGCGGGGGAUCCACCGCGCGGGGCGGGCGCGGGAGUUUCCGCGGGGGUCGCGGCAGUUUUGGCGGACCAGGCCGUGGAUUUCCCGUGAAACCGAAAAAUCCCGAGGAGCAAGUGCAGCACUACUGUGACAUCUGCAAGAUCGUCUGCGCGGGCGCCACGUCCUUCAAAGCGCAUCUGGUGGGCGCCAAACAUAAGCGCCGCGAAGAGCAGGCCAAACAGCUGUCCGGACCCCCGGCUCCGGCGGCCACUGCGGCGCCGGCCGCUUCCGGGACCGGCGCAACACCAGCGCCCCCUGCUCCCAGCGUUUCGACCCCCGCCGCCGUCGCCGCGCCCCCGCCCCCGGCCGCGUUUCCCCACCGUCCCGGGCCGCACGGACGCAGCAUCUUCUGCGAGCUGUGCGGCGUGCACACGGCCGGACAGCAGGCCUAUGAGGCGCAUCUUAACGGCAAGAGCCAUCAACGGACGCUGAAGCUGCACAUGAAACUGGGCAAACCCAUUCCGGUCAACGAGCCCACGGUGACGCAGCGCACCCUGCCGACCAUCGGGACGCCGACGAGCAGCGGGCCCAGCACCGGCUCCUCCAUCUGCACCAAAGUGGUGACGGGCGGGAAGACGGUUUUGAUCACGCCCAAGAUGAACUUUGUGGGCGGGACGGUGUUGACCACCACCAACACGGGGAUGCAGGAGGUGCCGACGUCCGGCGCCCCGCCGCCGCCCCCCGCGGCCUCCGCGAUGCCCCCACCGCCGCCGCCGCCCCCCAAGGCACCCGCCCAGGCGCGCCCCAAGAUCCCCAUCAAGCACAUGGUCAACCCCAACACUGCCGGCGCCGACCCCAUCGGGCAGGAGUACGUGCAGAAGCAGGAGCGCGAGGGCAAGGUGGCUUACUACAAGUGCACGCUCUGCGACUGCGAGUUCUCCGACGAGUCAGGGAUGAAUUCGCAUAUCCGCGGCCGCCGCCAUCGCACCAGCUACCAGAAAAAAGUGGACCCGUCGAUCGUCGUGGAGCCGUCUAACGCGCAGAAGAAGCUGAACGAGCGCAACAAACGCCUCGCGGCCCAGGCCGCCCCCCGGGCCCCCAAACGCCCCGGCCCGCCGCCCGGCGGCCCCCCCUCCCCGCCCAAACGCGUUCGCCGCCCCAUCCCCGGCCCGCCGCAAUGGACGCCCCCGGGUCCGGACCCCUACGGCCCCCCUCCCAUGGGCUACGAACCGAUGGGCUACGAGCCCUACCCCGUGCACCACGACCGCUACGGCCCCCCGCCGGGACCCUAUAACGACGCGCCGCCCCCGGGGCCACCGCGCGGACUGUUGGGACAUUAUCCGCGGUACCAGGAACCCCCCGGGGCGCUGUACGUGCCCCCGCGGGCCUCCGGACCGUUGUUGCCGGCGCCGGUAGAAACGGGACGCUUCCCGCCAGGUCCCGGAAGAAUGGAAGGGAUGGGAGGGGGUGGGAGGAUGGAGGACGGGUCGCCGCCGCGGGCGCGUGCGUCGCCGGUGCCGGUGGCGGCGGUGCGGAUGGACCAGCAGUAUCUGCUGCAUAAACACCGGGCCAUCACCCCGCGGGCGGCGGAUUUGAACCAGCUGAACGGGAUGCUGGUGGAGGUGGAGAAGGCGCUCAAGACCGUCGCCGAGAGGCUCAUGUUCCCAACGGAGGAAAAAGCUGUGGGCGUGAAAAUGGAAGAGGGCGCUGCCGUUGCUGUGGUUGCCGCGCCGGCGCCGCCGCAGCGGAUGCUGAAGGGCGCGUACCGCUUCGGACGGAUGAGUAAGAAUCUACUGACCAGCGACAAUAUAGUCGGGGAGGUGCUGCUCAUCUGCAAUCGGCAUCCCUGCGAGGACGACAUGACCAUGGUGGCCAACGCGCUGAAAGCCGAGUUGAAGAUGCUGCAGGGGAAUAGGGAGUUCGCGGUGAUCCCGACGCCGGAGAAAUGCGGCAUUUUCGUGCAGGAGGAGCGUCCCGGGGAGGACAAGGCGGGCAUCUAUCCCGUGUGGGUGUACAUGGCCUUCGGAGGGCUGCGCGACGAGCUGGCGCGACUGGAGACCGAGAAGGCAAACGCAGCAGCAGCAGCAGCUGGAAGCAGUGCGGCGGAGGGUCAGGAAGGCCCGGGCAGUGGCGCCCCUCCGCCACCGCCCGCGGGGGCGCUGCCGACGCUGCCGCCGUCCUCCUCGGCGGUCAUCGCAGGCCCGACGGCCAAUGGCAGCGGUCCGGACGGCCUCCGUGCCGACGGGCCCGCGUCCGCCGCCGCGCCCGCCCCGGCCGCCGGUCAGACGAUGAUCACGGCGCCCGUCACAGCUGCCGCGGUCGUCGUCGGCCCCGGGCUGGACGCGGCGGGGGCGCUGGAUGUGAAGCGCUCGCUGACCGUUCUGGCGCACAGUCGGCGAACUCGCUGGUUUCAGGAGUUCAUUGCGUUCUUCCCGCAGUGCCGCAUGCUGAUGCGCAUUCUCAAUCACGUGCUGGAGCACCACGCGGCGCUGCGUGAGCUGGCCGGAUGGCCGGUGGAGUACCUGACGAUCACGGUGCUGCGCACGCAGGCCGGCUACCACGGCAUCACGCCCGCCGACGUCCCGCUGGCCGAGGCCUUCUGGCUCAUCCUCUCCACCAUCGCCUCGGGCUGCUUCCUGCCGGGCUGUCCGAACGGGUUCAAGGAUCCGUGCGAGCGCGGCGCCGUGGACAUUCUGGGGGAUCUGAGCGGGGCGGAGCGCGUGGCCGUGACCCGCGGCACCGCGGAAUUGUUGAAUCGUUGGCUGACGGAGGACUGGGCGCGCGUCCUGGACGUGGAGCCCCUGCCGGGCGACCCCCUGUACCCUCCCGCGGCCCCGCCCACCGCCGUCCCCAUGGAGGGCGUCCUGGAGAACGGGAAGAGCGCCGACAAGGCGCCGGAGCCGGAUUUCGCCAGCGACACCAUGUUAUCUUGAAGUUCAUCCUUGUUUUAUCGUGCGGAUGUGUUCUCCCGCCGGGCGGCAGUCACGGAGGUUGUAUAAUAUUAAUCGCUGGAUUAUUCGUCAUUUUUUACAAAAUAUUUCCUAGUAUUUUUAUUUACCCGGAUUAUGUUGUUGCUUGAUUAUCCGGCGUUUACUGCUGGUUUGUCGCUGCCAUAAUGUUGCGUUUUUUGCCAGUUUGUGUGUGCAUUCUGAUAAAAUUUUUAAACAGCAUCGUCGUCGAAGUUGGGCCAUUAAAACAAUUUUUAAUUCCGAAUUGUUGGCGAUAAUUUAUUAAUCAAAUUUAAUCAU